UCUAUGCCGCACAGAGUCGCAGGGGGAAAAAACGUUAGAGUACUGGCAAUCUUAUCGCUCUUAUCGCGUGUGAUUAUUUUACCCCUUGGCGUACCUGGGGUAGCCGCCUGUAGAAUACCCGAAAGGUGUCCGGUUGGUAAAUAAUUUAGUCGACAAGUGCGACAAUAUUUCUGCCGGUUUGUGCCAGCCCGAACAGCGGGCGUCAGUUUGUCGUUCAAUUUCGUUUGGGGAAGUUGACGUUACGAGCCGGUGGGACGCCCAGAUCAAGUACGGACACAGUACGCAGGGAGGCAGAAUUUCUCCACACAGACCCCCGAAGUGAGCUGUAAUCGAACGCUGCUGCCAUGGAUGGGACGGGCACGACAGAUCCACCGCCGUACGAUCAGAUCAAUCGUCCCGUGCCGGCUGCCUAUCCCCACCAGCAAACGCCAACGGCCGAUCCGUUCAAAUCCGCUAGCUUGCACACCCAGGAACCGCCAUCGUUGCAGACCACGGUGAUCGUUACCAGCCCUCAGGUCGGUCCGGACCCAACCACCAUCAUCUGUCCAUCCUGCCGGGCGACCGUGGUGACGAGGCUGGAGUAUGAAACCACCACCAAGACGCAUCUGUGUGCUGGUUUGCUGUGUCUGUUUCUGUGCUGGCCGUGUGCGUUCGUGCCCUACUGUUCGACGGCCUGCCGCGAUGCCAACCAUUACUGCCCGAACUGUGGAUCCUUUAUCGGCACGUACCGGAAGUAGGCGGAAGGAUACCGAUGAUCGAUUCACCAUUACGUUACGGAAAGCUUACAACCAAUCGUUAUUCUAGUGUGUUUGUGUGUAUGUGAGUGUGUAUGUGUUUACGUUAUUCUUUAUCAGCCAAUGUCGUGCUGAGUAUAUGAGAUCGUUACCGAAAAAGAGUUCUGCGGUGGCAAAAAAAAAAAAAACGGGACGCAAAACCAAAUCGACAUUGCGACACGUUUUUUGUAGAUAAGAUAGGGAAGCAGUUUAUCGAUAACAGCACAAAAGCUAAUGUACGGAUGGAAUUCGAAAUACCUUAGGUUACAUGCCUCAGGCGACGAAUAGAUUCAUUGCUGACAGAGGCGAUCAUUGUACUGGUCAAGAUCAAUAAAAACCGUUUGUGUGACUUUCUGUUGGAAUGUAAAAUAUCAAACCAGCACUACCAUUAGUUAGGGUAUGGAAUAAAAUAUACAUUAAACGCGUUUGGAAAGAUUAUAAAGCAUUUUACCAACCUUGCCACCAUUUAUCCUUAAACAAUGAACAAAAUGAAUGCAAACACAAGCAAAAGAAAGUAAUACCCACUUUAAUUCUGGUAGCUCUGAAGCCUAACAGCAUUAUUCCUUAAAGCCUAUUAUGUGUGACGCUAAACAAACAUCGCGUUUCAAACAUUGUGUGACAUCUGUUUGUAAUAAAUGGAGAGACCCUGUUUCGGUGAUCAUAAA